ACCGAGACAUAUGCGUGUGUCUACCGCGAGGAAGCCAUAACAACAGGUAGAUCACUUUUGAAUCCCCCUUCGACACCCAACCCAAAAACUCCGUGGACCCUAUGAAGAUUUUCGUGCUUCCCCUUGUGACUCUAGCUGGCAUCGCGGUCGGCACAGCAGCUACGGCCAACGUUGAGUGUGGUAGCCCGGACUCAUGGACUGAAGGACCCGCUCAAGCUCCUCUUGUCAACUCCACAGGGGUGUGUAGUGGGGAACAAGCUCGUACUCAGCCUCCACCCGGUGCCAUCGUUGUCGACGCCACUGGUGCGUACAACGGCAGCUACAAGACAGUGGCGGAGGGCGUGGCAAACGUCCCCAACACAACGGACGAGCACACGCUCUUCGUCUUCCCGGGCGUCUACCACGAGCAAGUGGUCGUCCCGAAGCUCAACGGUCCUCUUGUGUUGCAGGGCUACACGUGUGACACGAUGUCGUAUGCUGCCAACGAGGUGACUAUCACCCAGGCGAAGGCGCAGAAGGACAUCCCUCCCGAGAUCGAGAACAACCGCAACUUCCUGACCACCACCUUGGGUUUCAAGUCGAAGAGUGGAGUAAAAGUCUACAAUUUGAACGUUGCCAACACAGCCGGCAAGAUCGAGGAACUCGGCCAGGCGGUGGCUGUGUACGUCGACAACACCGACUACGGUUUCUACGCCUGCAACUUCACCGGAUACCAGGACACUCUGUGUGCUCAAAAGGGCCGUGAACUGUAUGCUCGGUCAUUCAUCAGCGGUGCGGUUGACUUCAUCUUCGGCCAAAAGUCGAUGGCGUGGUUCGAGUCUUGCGAUCUUGAGUCUGUUGGGGAAGGCUGGGUCACUGCUAACGGUAACAAGAACGCUACCAUUGCUUCCGAGUACGUUUUCAACAAAGCGCACGUGUUUGGCCUAAACGAGUCCAUGAACGGAACGGCCCACCUGGGUCGCCCAUGGGGUGAGUAUGCCCGUGUUGUUUUCCAGAACAGCGAGCUAGGCGACGUUGUCAAUCUUGAGGGAUGGACACCAUGGGACGAUAAAACGAGCACCGACAAUGUCUACUUCAAGGAGUUUAACAACAACGGUCCCGGUGCAGUCACCGACAAACGCGUGGCCUACAGCGGACAGCUGGAUGCUGCUGUGGACAUCACUGAAAUUCUCGGCGACGACUACGAGUCGCAGUGGUGGGUUGACACCAAGUUCUUGUAAGCGCUAGAUGUGUACACACCACAAAUACUGUCUGUGCUCGCAGAACUCGUACUCAGCAUGUAGAUUCAUGUUACAAUUGUUACCUUUGCUGAGGGAAUAAGAAAACAUUUAAUUUACGAAGUGAAAGCAAAAAAAAAAAAAAAUGGAAGUAGAACUUUAGUACUACUAAAUCUAGAAAUACAGACAACGACGGAUAAAUCCGAAACAUCCUCCAC